GCUGAGCUCUGGCUCGUUUCCGCUCGCCUUGGGGAGGGGGGGGGACACACACACAGUCCUGCUGCGGCUCCCUAACCCUCGCCCUUCCCACAGGGACGGUGCCGGGGCCCCCCAGGGGCGCGAGCCUGCCGCCCCCCCGCCAUGCCCACAGCCGCCCUCCGCCUGCUCUGCGGCGUGGUGGUGCCAGCCGCCAUGCUCUGCGCUGAGCCCCUGCCCCGCGUCGCCUUCCCCAGCGGAGAUCCCCGGAGGAUCCUGACCCGCUUCAGCCAGGACAACGUCUCCCACUACGACAUCUUCCUCCUGAGCGAGGGCGAGGAGGAGCUGUACGUGGGGGCUCGUGACAGGGUGCUGGCCCUGGCCGUGGGCGCGCCGGGCACCCUCCAUGCCAAAGCUUCGAUAACGUGGGGACCCACGGCUGAGAAAACCUCGGAGUGUGCUUUCAAGAAAAAGAGCCGGGAGACCGAGUGCUUCAAUUUCAUCCGGGUCCUCGUGGCCCUGAACCAGACCCACCUCUACGUCUGCGGCACCUACGCCUUCAGCCCGGCCUGCACCUACAUCCACCUGGAGAACUUCACGCUGGUGUCCAGCGGCAAAGGACAACCUUUCCUGGACGGGAAGGGCCAGUGCCCCUUCGACCCCCAGCACACCUACACGGCCCUGCUGGUGGAUGGCGAGCUCUACGCCGGCACCAUGAACAACUUCCAGGGCAACGAGCCCAUCAUCUCCCGCUCGCUGGGCAGCCGCACGCUGCUCAAGACGGACGCCUUCCUCCGCUGGCUCUCGGCCGAUGCCGCCUUCGUGGCUUCUGUCAGCAUCCCCAGCGAUGACAAGGUCUACUUCUUCUUCGAGGAGACUGCCGACGAGUUUGACUUCUUCGAGCGGCUCCUGGUGCCGCGGGUGGCCCGUGUCUGCAAGAGCGACGUCGGGGGGGACAAGGUGCUGCAGAAGAAGUGGACGACGUUCCUGAAGGCGCAGCUGGUGUGCUCGCAGCCCGGCCGCUUCCCCUUCAACGUCAUCCACCACGCCUUCGCCCUGCCCCGCCGCGGCGGUGGCGCCGAUUUUUACGCCGUCUUCACCUCGCAGUGGCAAGCGGGCAGGGCGAGCAGCGCGGCCGUCUGCGUCUACAGCCAGGAGGCUCUGGAGAAGGUCUUUGAGGGCAAGUACAAGGAGCUGAACAAGGAGAGCUCCCGCUGGACCGUCUACAGCGGCCCCAGCGUGAGCCCCCGGCCCGGCAGCUGUUCCAUGGGCCCCUCCUCAGACAAAGCCCUGACCUUCAUGAAGGACCAUUUCCUGAUGGACGGGAAGGUUUCCCCCACCCAAGGGAGGCCGCUGCUGGUGAAGACGGACGUCAAGUACACGCGCAUCGCGGUGGACGAGACCCACGGCAUCUCGGGGGCCGUGUACCGUGUCAUGUUCCUGGCUACCGAGGAGGGUUUCCUGCAUAAGGCGGUGGAGCUGCCUGCGGGCCCCCACAUCGUGGAGAGCAUCCAGCUCUUCAGCGCGCCGGAGCCGGUGAAGAACCUGCUGCUGGCCCCAGGGAAGGGCAUCCUCUACAUCGGCUACUCCGGCGGCAUCCUGCAAGUGCCCCUGGCCAACUGCAGCCAGCACCGGAGCUGCGCUGAGUGCGUGCUGGCACGAGACCCCUAUUGCGCCUGGCACGUCGCCCGCAGCUCCUGCCAGCCUGCCCAGGCUGCCAGCGGGGACAAGAGCGGGUGGCUGCAGGAUGUCGAGGUGGGGAGCCCGGCCGCCGUGUGCCACCGCGGGAGGAGCCUGGCCAUGCCGCGCACCCACGGCGUGCACGAGGGGCCGCCGGUAGAGAGGCUCAGCCCCUCGCUCAACGCCGUGGUGCGCCUGGCGUGCCCCCACCACUCGGCCCUGGCCACCUACAGCUGGCAGCAGCCGGGGGGCUGGGGGGGGCUCGGCGCUGCUCCCCAACCACACGCUGGUGGUCAUCAUGCAGCGCGGCACCGCCGGCGCCUACACCUGCCAGGCCACCGAGAACGGCUACACCUGGCCCGUGGCCCGUUACCAGCUGCAGGAUCCCAGCGGGGCGGCCCCCCAAGACGGACUGGCCCAGGAGGGGUUGUCCUGGGGGACCGCGGCCGCCCCCGGCAGCCCCCGCUCUUACUGGCCCCAGUUCGUCACCGUCACCGUGCUGCUGGCCGUCACGCUGGCAGCCGCCGGCGGCCUGGCCCUCGCCGCCUACUGCGAGCAGCUGAAGGCCAAGAGCAAGGUGCAGGGCUGCAGCGUGCCCCGUGCCCCCCCCGGCCGCCAGCAGGAGAAGGCGCCGCUCAACGGGGGGGGCCCGGGAGCCCCCCGCAGCCGGUGAGGAGGAGCAAGGGGGGUCCCGUGCCUGCUGCCUGCAGCUGGACGGGGACAACGGCCCAGGGGACGGCACCGACACCGCUCGGCUCCCGGACACGGCGUGAUGAACGGGCCCCGGGUCCCCAGCCGCCAUCACCGCUUGGGCCCCGCUGGGGCUGGGGGAGGCCGCGGGAGCUGAGCCCCCGCUGGGCCGUGGGAGGAGGGGGAGUAUGAAUGUGAAGCUUUUUUUGUUUUUGUUUUUGUUUUGUUUUAAUUUAAUACAA